AUGGCCGCUGUCCGAAAACACGACGGCUAUGAGAGCCUGUCCAUCCCUGACAGGGUCGAUGUUGUGCUCACUCUCAUCGAAGCAUCUCGCGUCCCCGGUAUAGAGUGGAAGCGUUAUGCGGUUGAACAGGCAAAGGCGGCCAUGUGCGGCCGGCAAGAUGACUAUGUUCAAGCCUGUAUUGCGCAGAGAGAGGCGCUGCUGCAGCGGCUUGCCGGGGACGGGAUGCCGCUGACCCUGCCCCCCUUCUCGCACCAGGAGCGAAGAGGUGGUCCCGUCAACGAAAGAAAGAAUGCCGCAAUUGGGCUCACUGUUCACCAAAGAGCGUUGGAUUGCUUCCAGAACGAGGAGUUGUCUUCGGCGUUGGACGUGCUUGACGAGUGGCAGCCAACCGGGUAUUCAUCUCCCGCCGAGGACGUAGUUCUGUUUCGCAUGAAUGUCUUGCGUGGAAAGAUCUUGCGCUUCCAAGGCAAGUUUCAAGAGGCUCUCGGAUGUUUGGACAAGUCGAGAUGUGCGGCGGAACAGCAGGGAGAUGUCCACUUUGAUGAGGAUGCUGGAGACCUGGUGGUUGAGACCGCCGAUACCAUGAGAGAGCUGGACGAGCCUGUUGGCGCCGAACAGCUGCUUAGAACGCAGCUCGAACGACCGCUUCACACUCCAGAAACUCGCGCGCUGCUGAAUCUGGCCCUGACCGAGUCUCUGUUUGCCCAACAACGAUUCACGGAGGCGGACCAGCUCUGUCGCGAUGCCGAGUCCUGCCGGCUGUUCAAGAUGGCACGCCUGCGUCUUUGCAUCACGGCGGCCAAACUGCGGCAUGCAAGCUCAGAUUGGGAGGGCGCGUUUUCGUGGUGGACGCAAGCGCUCGUCGCCAUCAACAAGUUCCCCCCGACCAGCGGGCACACGACGCGCUUAAUCUACCUCUCACUUUGCGAUGUAUUGAAGCACCAAGGCCAAGAGGAGCUGGAACAAGCAUCGCGUGCGCAGGUGGUUAAAUUGGAGAGCUUGUCCGGCAACGCCCAAGCAAAGCAUUGGAUAGCCGGCCUGCGACAUUGGCAAGCGUACCUAAAAUCUUCUGUCCUCUAA